GCUCAAUACCCGACGACCACCAGUCUAUCCUCUCUACAAUCUUCAGUUUCUUCUAGUUGAUCAAGACCUAUAAUGGCACCUUAUCUUGAAACUGUUCGAUCCUUUGCUGAUGUCCCAAUCACCGACGCAGGCGUUGACACCUCAGCCUUCCUUGAGGCAUCUGACGGUGUAGUCGGUCUAUUUGAUCUUCUGGGAUCGGCUGCUUUUGCCCCGGUCGUGAGUGACCUCAAAGGCAACAUCACGAAAGUUCGUACUCGGUACGAAGCUGAUCCCUCCAAAUCUGCUACCUUGGAGCUAUUGGUAGAGAACGAGAAAGGCGAGAAGAAACGAACUGCUACGGAAGGUCUGAUGUGGUUGCUCAGAGGAUUGUCGUUCACUUGCAAGGCGCUUUCAUACUCUCAAAAGAACAAGACGGAAGAAUUAUCGACGGCGUUCACGACUGGAUAUGACCAAUCCCUGAAGAAAUUCCAUAACUUUGUAGUAAAGGGUAUAUUCGGCAUGGCAAUGAAGGCUUGUCCCUACCGUGCCGAUUUCUAUGCUAAACUGGCCGCCGAUCCCAAAGGCGGUCCAUCUGCUUCCCCGGAGAAAGUAAAUGAAGAGCUGGACCGUUGGCUCAAAGCUCUGGAUGAAAUAGUACAGCGGAUGGAAGCUUUCUAUGAGAAGGGAGGCCACACCAAAGGGUUCUGAUAGUAUUCCCGUUAUUUGGAUGUAAAUCUUAUGAAGUCGAGUUCACCAGCUUGAAUCGCCAUUACUACCAUCACUUGCGGUCAGUUUUCGCC